AUGGACGGGCAAAAGAUCGCUAAAGACCAGCCAUUCGACCUAAAAACUCAGGUCAAGCGAGUGGCAAUUGUGGGAGCUGCUGGGCAACUGGGACGACAUAUCACUCAGGAACUUCUCAAGACUAAUAGGCAUACAAUCACAGCACUUACCCGUAAGGGAGGCGCUUCCAAAUUUCCCGAUAGCGUCAAAAUCGCUUUCGUGGACUAUGAUGACGAAGAAUCAAUCGUUUCCGCGUUGAAAGGCCAUGAGUUUCUUAUAAUUACAUUAGCUUACUCGGCUGGAAGUGAAAUACACAAUAAAAUUGUGCAGGCGGCAGCAAAGGCCAAAAUACCACACAUCAUGCCCAACAUCUACACGGCGGAUGUUGUAUUGAACAAUCAAGCCAUCGGUGAUGAAACUGGAAUGGGCCCAGCUUUUAGGCCACUUCUCUCCGAGAUUGAGCGCCUUGGCUUAAAAUGGACUGUCUUGGUGACUGGCUUGUGGUACGAAUUUAGUCUGGCGUGUCCACCUGACUGGUUUGGAUUCGACAUCAACAAGAGAGAAGUCACAAUAUUUGAUGAUGGACAAGCUCGAAUCAACACUACUACAUGGGCACAGUGCGGACGCGCUGUCGCCUCAUUUCUGGGACUGAAAAGGGUCCCAGGCGAUGACAACGACCCAUCGCUAACACUACAGCAAUUCCAGAACAAGGCUAUAUAUGUGUCGAGUUUCUUAAUUAGUCAACGGGAGAUGCUAGAUAGUGUUGAGCGUGUUACAGGCACAGCAGAUGCUGAUUGGGAUAUCCGGUAUGAGCGCACGGCAAAGCGUAUCCAGGACGGCAGAGCUGCAUUUGCUGCGGGCGACUCCAAAGGUUUAGCCAAGGCUUAUUAUUCUCGCAUCUUUUCUCCUGAUUGUCCUGCAGUCUACCAGAAGAAACUUCAUAAUGGCUUGUUUGGUCUACCGGAGGAGGAUUUGGAUGAAGCGACAUUGUUAGGAGUGAAUAUGGCAAAGAGUGGAUAUAGUCCGUUCUAA